UUAGUCAUUUUUAAACCAUAAUUCACAUGGUUUUCAACCAAAUCAUCACUUUAAUAUAGUCAUCAGUGUUUCUGCUGUUGUCAGAUGGAUUAUCAUGAACUGUAGUUCAGAUGCUAAGCCUUCACUCUACCUUUGGGAUCUUCUUUUGCUACACAUACCACCAAUCAAAACCUAAUUUCUUCCAAAAGUGUCUUCGAAUAUUAAUUCAGGAUAAAUAACUCAUAUUUCAACAGAAAACAUUUCUAUAUAAAUUUUCACUUUGGUGGCAAAUCCUCUGAGGAGUCAUCAGGAACGUUGUUGAACUGUGAAAGGUUCAUUUGGAUGUCUGCGCUUUUAAUCUAUUAUGAGAAUCCAGUUUCUACAAAACUAUUGUAGCUGAUCUCUUGAGGAACGAAACCACAGUAACAAAAUCUGAUUUUCCAAACAGAGAUUAUGAUUUAACCAUGAAAACAUUUGAAUAUGAAAUAUUUUUACUCUACCCACAGAAAAAGAAUUUUUUUUCUGUGAAUGUAUAAUUCUGGAUUUUGUUGAUGCAUGCAUAAUGAAAGAUUGUCUCAAUCUAACGGUUGAGGUGAAAAUGUAGUACCAGUGGCUGCUCAUGGUUUAGACGGUUGACUUAAUUUUUUGUAAGUCAGCCAUUUUAUCAUCACAUAGUUUAAACUUUUGAUGAUGGAGAAACCCAGAUUCAGUGGAAUAUUUUGUAACUAUGAUUAAUUGUAUUAAAUGCAGCAUCGGGAUCCAAAAUUAAAAACUACAGAUCCGAGUAUAUUGCUAAAAGUUUCACCACCACAGUUUUUGUGCUGUAAUGUGCUUUAAUUCCUAACAGCACUUUCUAAGAGAUAUAAAAGUUUCUGAAAACCGAAAAAUGAUGUGAUUUCCUCUCAUUACAUUUAACAUUUAACAGCAAAAAGCCUGUUAAAUAUUUAGUGCGAAGGGAUUUUUCAGCACUUCUUUUCUCUGUGUUUCUUUCAGCCAUUUGGAGAGCAAAGUUCAGUUGUUGGAGUCUCAGCAGAGAGGAGAGCUGGAGGACAUGAGACUGGAGAAGAACCGGCUGCAGUCUGUUAUCAGGACUCAGAUGGUGGCCAUAGAGUCUUUAGAGAGGCAGCUGAGAGUUGCCACUAGCAACAACACGGCUCUACAGAAGCAGCAGGCUCAGCUGAUGGAGUCAGUCCACACACUCAUCGACAUGGUGGCCACGACUACAGGGUCUCCUCCUCGGAGCCAGAUGUGGAAGGACUGUGCAGAUGCUUACAAAGCUGGUCAUUCUGCCAGUGGUCUGUAUCUCAUCUACAUUGGUAACAGGACAGAGCCUGUACAGGUUUAUUGUGACAUGGAGACAAAUGGUGGCGGCUGGACGGUCUUCCAACGGCGUUUUAACGGCAGCGUGGAUUUUCAGAGGAGCUGGAGGGAGUACAAAAUGGGUUUUGGGGAUGUGUCGGGGGAGCACUGGCUGGGUAAUGAAGUUUUAUACCUGCUAACCAGUCAGGGUCAAUACUCUCUGAGAGUGGAGCUACGGGACUGGGAGGGAAUCUCUGCGCACUCCCAGUAUGACCGGUUUACAAUGGCCAGUGAAAGACAGCAGUACAGAUUGUAUCUGAGAGGUUACAGUGGUACAGCAGGAAGACAGAGCAGCCUGAUCACCCACGGUGCCGGCUUCAGCACCCGAGAUCACGACAACGACAACUGCGACCACUGCAAAUGUGCCUUGAUGCUCACUGGAGGUUGGUGGUUUGAUGCCUGUGGCUUCUCCAACCUUAAUGGGAUCUACUACACAGUUGGGCACAACAUCAGGAAGCUCAACGGCAUUAAGUGGCACCACUUCAGAGGCCCCAGCUACUCCCUGCGUUCCACUUCAAUGAUGGUCCGACCCUACGACUUCUGAGAAGACCCCUCCACACCCAAGACUCCUGAUGUUUGGCAACAACCGUACAAGCAUAUGUCUAGAUUCUACAAAAAAUACAAAACAACGUUUCUUAUAGUGUUUAACUUGCAACAAAGCAUCUCAGCUUCUGCCGCAUGAUGCAAACCUGGUGCCUCCUGGGGAUCUGAUUAAGUACGGUUUAUGACCAACAAUUGAUCCACCAUAAAAGCUCUGCAGCCUAAGCUUUCAACUCACAAGCUCUAGACCUAUGAGAGAUAAAAACGUGACUGUGUCAAGAUCAUGUCAAUUUAUUUGAGAUCUUGUUUUAGAUGUUAUAAGAGCAGGACAUGUUUGUAUGUUGUCUUUGAAGCAACAAGUGUUUGUCUACAUUCCCAAAGACAUGAACUGUGAUAAAUAAGAUAUUUAGUGCUAAGAGAAAAAUUGGCAUCAGUCUUUUACAUCUGACACUUAUAAGACAGGUUGGACUGUUUGUUGGAUUUCAGAUUUAGAAAGAGAUUUUCAGUGUCCAUGUACUCAAAUUAACCAUGUGUGAAAGGUUUGGGGAAGAGAGAAUAACAUCUUUCAGAAUCUUGGUUGCUUGUUCCAUGGUUUCUGAGCAACACUUUAUAUAGAAACUAUGUGCCUCAUUAAUUUGAUCAAAAUUCUUCCUUAGUCUAUAAUGAAUCCAGAGACAGCAUGUACCUUGUAAAUUAUGAGCUUUUAAAUGUUAUUGAAGAGCUCGGCUGCUAAUUUAUGUACCGCCUGGGGUCAGUCAGUUGAGUUUUUAAGAGAAGCCAAUUAAAGAAUCACUGCAAUAAUGAUGGUUAAAAGAGAGGAUAUAAAAUUUUUAGGAUUUUUUAAGAGAUUGGGACGAUGUAUUUUCAUCACUGACACAUAAACAAUUUGUUGUGUAUGUGUCAAAAUGCUAGGAGAACUGUUUGUAAUAGACAUGUGGUCCAACAUCAUGUUUGUUAUCUACAAAUGCAUCUAAAAAAAAUAGAAUAUCAUCAAAAGUUAAUUUAUUUGUGUAAGUUAAUUCAAAAAGUAAAACCUUUUUUUCUGUGAAUUUUGUGAUUACAGCUUACAGCUAAUGGAAAUCUAAACGUUUUCCUCAACAUCCUGCAAGUAAAGUAAUUCGAUGUUGUUACCUUUUUGAGCAUAGGUUGACUUAGUAUAUCCAUAAAACACAACCACACUGAAAGGAUUAAGGUCUCAUUUAACAAAAUUUCACCAAUUAUUAUUAUUUUUUUUAGUUUAAUUGUUUUCCUCUCAUCUGUUUAUAAAACCCCCAAACAAUAACUAUUGAACAUAUCAUUGUGACUGUCUUGUGACAGUAGCAUUCACUCCAACACACACUUUUAACAUGGUCUCUGUACCUGAUGUUUCUCUGAAUUUACAUGCCCUGUGUAUGUAUGUGCAUUCAUGUCUAAUGAAUUGUUCCCAAAGUCUUGAACCUGAUAAUCCUCUCUGGGCUGUGGCUUAUCCCCAUUGCUUGUGCAAUUUCUUUGACCUCAUCUUUUUCCACACUUACUAUUAUGUUGUUAAAAAGACAGUGUGAACACUCAGCUUCUUUAGCUAUGACCUUUUGUGGCUCACCGUCAGUGAAUGUCUGGUGAACAUGAAAGGAAAAGCAAAAAUGUGGUUUUAAAGUUACAUUUCUGUAUUUAAAAUCCUUUUUUUUAUUUGGUCCUUUGCAUCUUUUUUAAAUUUAGUUUUAAAUUUUCAUUAGAUGGAAGCCAUAAUCAUUAAAUUAAUACUUGACAUAUAUUACUCGGUCUGCAAUAGAUCUAUUUAAUAUAUGAGUUUCACUUUUGAAAUUAACAAAUUAACUUUUCAAUGAUAUUAUACUUAACUGAGAUGCAUCUGUACAUGCUAAAAGGUUUGUGUCAUCCCUUGAGAAAAUAAUGUGCUGGCAAAUGCUGUUAGACUGUAUUGGAUUUUGUCAAAUUGUCUUUAAAUGUAUUAAAAGAGAAACUUUUCAUAAAAUCAAGGAGCAUCUUGCAGCAAAAGAAAUGACUAAUGGACAAAAAAAGAUGUGAACAGCGGCAUGAAUCCAUGGCACUUUCUGCAAGUGAUUGUGUCUACAGUAAAAGUACACAUUUAUUGGCACCAGAGAGUUGUGGACAAAGUGUACAAAAAUACUGACAAGAAGACUUGAGGCAUGAGGGAAGUUAAUAGCUUAACACAUCAGUAACAAAGAAAAUGAGUCACAGUAAUGAGGGGAGAGGAGAAGCUCAAGUGGAUCAACAGAUCUGAUGCCAGAACUUCAGGAGGAUGCAACGGAUGAUCAUCCAGCAGAAGGAGGUGAUUCUUCAAAGAUGUUCUCAUUAUGUGCUCUGGUUUCUUUCAGAAGGUGGCUGGCUCUUAUUGCCCUGGAAAUAGAGCCAAAUGAAAAUCAGCAGGACUAAAGGGGGAGUGUGUUGCUGCUCUUAAGACUCAAACAAAAAUUGCAGAGAGCUGCUUCUGAGAUGCCAAAAACACACUGAUGGACAAAUAGCAGUGCAUCUCAAACUUUGAUCAUCGUGUACAGUUCCUGCAAAGAAAAGGACUUGCAGACAUAUUAUAAAUGAAUGGAAACUGAUCAGUAAUUAAGGGGCGGUUUAAUGUAAGUCUUGCAGCUGUAAAAAUGCUGAGUAUUAUGGUUUUCACUAUUGUUCAGAAAAUAAAGGCACGCAAGCUGUUUUUUUAAUGCAAUUAUCAAGUGAUAUGGCAACACUUACUGGACAUUGAUAGAAGGAAGGAACUAAUUAACUAAAUGCAAACACGAGUCAAAUCCAAAUCAAUCUUUUUCUUCUCUUGUUUUAUGUUAGGUAGAAAAUCUGGACAAUGAAAUGAGAAAAGAACAAAUAAAUGACAGAUGUUGGGAUUUGAUUGCAUCCAGAUCCUGAAGCAAAUAAAUGUUGCUUUGAUUAUUUUCCUAAUCCAAACAAUCUGGACAUUUUCUUGUUUCUUGUUGAAGUCUGCAUUUUAUUAUUGCCUCUGAAUUAAUCUUUCAUGGCACUCAUUCAGAAAAUAAACAAGUUGAAGAACAUA